CAAAUAUAAUGAAAUAAACAAACAUAAGCAAAUCUAAUGAACACAAAAAUCCGCCAAAAUGGCGUACCUCGCUCUCCUUUGGAAAGCGCGAACUAUAGAAAAAUACAGACUGAAAUAUGAAAAGGAGAAAAUGAAUUCGAUAAAUUCCAAGGCAGAAUUAUCGAGCAGUUUAUAUCAAAAAUGGACCGUGUACCGUAAUGAUUCGCAGAAGAAAUUCGAGCAAAUUUACAGAAGCUUAUGCCCUGAGGGUUCGAGACUUGCGAAUUCGUGCAUUUCUCUGAGGGAAAAUUCAAGUUUUGUUUUAAAAGUUGUGAUUGGUAUUGUCGGGGGAAUUUCGACAUAUUUUCUUUACACUGUCUUCGUUUGUCAGAGUGUUUGGACAGUUUUGGGUUGGGCUAUUGGUUUGGCAAUAACUUUGGGCGUCGUUUUUAGUUCCACAGUCAGGUCCUUGUUUCUCCUGCUAAUACCUGGACUGUUCUCACGCGUCGGCCGGUACACCCUGGCCUGUUACGCCUUGAUCCUCAUCCUCACUGGACCGGCUGCCAACACUUUGAAGAACCUGGACACCCUGUCUGCUUCUUUGGCUUGUGGGCAGGAACAUAUAAAAACCAGUGUCAAAGAGAUCAAGGAAUCCAAACAGAGCCCUCUGAAUCUGAUCCAAGAAACGAUGAGCGAUACCAUAGAGAAGAUCGAAUAUUUGGCUGUAAACAUGAAGAGCUUGGUUGUGCGGAUACGUCGCCUGGUCAUGAGUAUGGCUCACGUCCUUCAAUCGUCUCUGUCCUGGCUAAAUGCCAUCGAACUGAUCUGCAACGAAAAACUAGGAACACCAUACGAGCACUGCACCAAAAUCCUUACCCAAGGAACGGAAGAUUGUGAUAAAAAAAAUCUGAAACUGUCAAACCAAUGGGAUUGGAACCUGAUAGUGAAAUCUGUGUGUUUUAAUCGGAGUCUAGAAGAGCCGAUUUGCGUGGUUGGGGAUUUUACGAAGGCGAGCAUUGUGGCUACUGUUAAAAAAAAAUUAAACACAUACUCAACCCGCCUGCAAUCCCUGCUAUCCGUCGACAUUCAUAUCCGCCGCUCCCAUUCUUGCUGGAACGGCAGCCAGCCCGUCAGCCAAGCGACCACCGGCGUCAUUACAGACCUGCGCAACCGAGCUGACACGCUGCUGGCCUGGCUGUCUUGGACCUACGCGCUUACUGGCUUGUUCCUGAUGCUCCUUUUACUUAGAGCAAAGUACUACCUACUCAUGUUCAGGACUCGAUCCCGAUUUGACAACCGCUACGUGACAAAGGAGCUUCGUGAGCUGGACCUGAAGAGACAGAGGCAAGGCAGGGUGACAGUCCUGCCUCUGAAUACUAGGGAGAGGGCUAAAUACGUUGCGACCUCGUCUAUCCGCCUGCUUCCUUCAGAGAGGAUGUACCUGACCAGAUCCAUCGUGUUCAUGGUGAUAACGACCCUCAAGCUGAUGAUACACAUGGUAGCCGACUACAGCCUUUAUUGGGUGCUGAUGAACGUACGGUACCAUGGCGGAGAGCAGACCUUCCAACCUACCAACCGCACAGAGAGAACCCUAGUGUCAGGCUCGGGUCCUCUGGCAGCGACGGUCCGCGUGGUGCUCGAAGCGAUAAGUGUGCCUCUUAAACUCCCCCCGACAUCCACGGCGGGCUGCCUGCCCGACCCCAACCCGCCGGAUUUGCAGCGAUACGCGCAGAUUGGAACCCUCAUUCUGCUGCUGUGGCUACUAGCGCUGUUCGAGCCAUAUGGCCUGAGACUGCGACACGUGAUCUCAGGCCACUACGAGCCAGAACGAGCUAAGGCUCGAGCAGUCUGGCUUUACUAUCACAUUAUUAGGACGAGAAGUGGUUUCCUGAAAUACGCUAGAAGGAAACUACACAGGCAAUUCAAAUACAUGUCGGAGGAGAAAUACACAUUUCAAAAUUUGCUAAAUAAUUGUAUACCAUGCCAGUGGCUACGGACUUUGCUAGGAGUGGGACCAGCCGAGCCGCAUUGCUUGCUAUGCUGUACGAAACACCGUCAAGAAGAUCUCGAUCGACAUCUGAAAAGAUGUGAAACUCCCUCGUGCCCCGGAGUGUACUGCGCCCGGUGUUUCAUAGACAUCGGUCAGCUCUGCACGAUCUGCUACUCGCCCGAAGACUACGGCGACCUUAGCGAUGUCAGCCUGGAAAAGUUUACAUCUGAUGACAACAGAAGUGACGGUUCUGAUUAUGACGGUGAUGAUAAUAUACCUCUCAUGGGAACGCAAGAUUACGAAGUAAAUGAAGAUGAAAAAGGCACAUGGAUUAAUGGUAAUAAAAGAAACAAUAGUAGCGUAUUUUCGUAUUCAAGCGGUGGUAAUCAAGAAUCAACACCGCUCUUAGAUUGUGAUUUUUUGAACAAAGAUUACGCUCAACAAGGAAUGAUUAAAUUGAAAUUUAAUAAUACUUUUAGUCUACAUAAAGUUGAUGGAGAUUUUUCAAUCAAGAGCGAAGCCGUAUUCAAGCCUAAGCAGAUUGAUAUGACAGAUGAAAUAAUGGCAGAUAAAAUGCUUGAAAGUAACGAGACAAACUUAUCGCCUUUAUACAAAAGUAGAAAAGCUCCAAUAGUUAUUGGAGAUACAGAUGUUACUGUAAACGGCAUAUCAUUUCCCAAACGAAAAUUAGGUGCUAUUAUGAAAAUGAUGAUGCUCCUAACUGCAAAGGAUGAGAACUGUAGUAAAUACAAACGUAAUGUUACUACCAAACACAAACCAUUCGAAUAUUUAGUCAUGGAAAUGUUCCAGCCUUCUCAGCUAUUUCACAGAAUAUCUGUAGCGAGACGUAAUAAAUGCAGUUGCGAUCGGUUUCAUGAUAAAACUAAAGAAAGGAAUGAAACCUCGGAAAAGGAAAUUCAAUUUUUGUUUGACCAACUAGGCUUUGCAAGGAUCUUGAAUAGUACGGAAGUCUUACGAAAUACAGAUUUACAGGCAGACUUCAACUUUGAAAAAUCUGAACCUAUUUUGAAAUAUAUACAAAGUGCCCAAGAAAGAAAAGAACAUACAUUGACGAAGCUGACUAAAAAUGUGUGGUCUGCAAGGCGUAAUGUAAAACGUUUCUUGGACAUCAAGAACACUAUAACUAACAGCGUUAUAGAAAGAUCAAAGUAUUUUAGAAUUAAUUAUGAUAAGAGGUUCAUUUGCAAGAAACGAAAACGCAAAAAUAAAAGUGGUAUAGGUUUAGCGCUUAUGUCAAUAGUCAGAAAAUUUUUCAGUAAUAAAUUGGUUGAUGAUGUCAUGGGUGACAUUGUAGAAGACACUUCCAGCGGGUUCGUGGAAGGAAAUAACGCAUCAGUCAACAAUAAGACGUCGCUUAAAGAAAGGAAACAAGCAUCGCACGAUGCGAUGGAAUUUGAAAGUCGUCUAGAACCCCCACAACAAGUGAAUGAAUGUAAAAAUUACUCGCACAAUUUAAGCAAUUCUAGAAAAGCGAAAGCUUUCGUUAUACGGGCUGCAGCAGACACAAGCGACAAUGAAUGUCCUUCUAAAGAAUCAAAUGACGUCAAUGAUAUAGAAAUGAAAAAAAAAUGUGACCUUAAAACUAGUACAGAUCAAACAAGAUGCCAAAAUACCAAAAAACUUGGAUUUUGGGAAAGUCUUCGUGUAAGAAGAAGAAGGACUCGUUCACCACAUUUAUUUUCUAUCAAUUUGAAAAACGAACCAUCUCCUAAUAACGUUUUUACGAAUCAUAAAAAGAGGAAAAAGCAUGGAAAAGAAGAAGAGAACGCUAUAAAAGGAAGCAAUGUUAACGAUAAUACUAGGAGCUACAGAACAUCUCGCAGUCCUGAAAAGGAAGAAUCUAAUAAAAGGAUGGCCAAAUAUAAUCGCGUUAUGGAUCCUGAUCCCAAAACGUCUCCGAAAAAAAAAGAACAAAAGGACAAUGUACAGAUUCAGAGGGCUGAACUAAAACCAACACCGGCGGAGGAAAUACACCAAGUUAAAAGAAGACAGUAUGAUGUUCGAUCAGCCAGAGAGGUUAUCAUUUUAUUUACAGAAGACGAUAAAAACAUCUACAGUGACACCGAAGGUAAAAUGUCCAGCUUUAAAAAACGCCGAUCUGUUGCGUUUUCUGACGAAGGAGAUUUGAAACUGACAGUCACAGAUUGCGAAGAUCUAAAACAUUUAAUACAAGUUGAAUCAAUCGAUCAACUAGAAAAUGAGCCACCAUGUGAACACGAAGACGUUUUCCACUGUAGGUCAAACGAGGAGACAGAUAGUGAAGAAGACGUACAAAUCUUUCAAGGCGGAGCUAUUGAAAAUGUAGGAAAUACACAAUCUUUAGAAACAGGACACUGCAUAAAAUAUAGCACAAAAAUCGAACAACCUUGUUUCCAUGAAUGGAUAGUAGAGCCAAAGAAACGAGAGGCAUGUGAAACUUUUGGAAGUGAUGACGAAGACGAACGUUUGGAAGACUCCUCCCAUAGUAUGGUAAAUAGAUGCUUCCAGGUCAAAAUGAAACAAAGCAAUGAAAAGAAUGGUAGUAAUUCGGAGCAUUCUUUGUCGAACUCUAAAAGAACACAAAUAAGAAACACCUGCCAAUGUAAUUAUAUAUUAAAGCGUGCCAUUGAAAAUGAAGCUGUAACAACAUUGCAAGAACGUUGGUGUCGUUGCGAAAUACCGUCGUGCGAAGUGUGCCAGACGGGUUGUGCGUGUACAGUUGUGAAUCAUGCCGAAACGGAAGCAUCGCCAAGCAUGCCGACGUAUCAUACUGCAGUACAGAGUUAUGGGACUACAGCAUGUGCCCCGAAGUACCGUGCCCCAACCGGGCCGAUUAAGGGCAAAGUUAUAAAGGAAAUGACAGAAAGAGUUGUCUGGCCCGACGGUGAUGACGUGACACUAGAAUACACAGAUGAGACUGCGAAACCAAGGAGUAACAGAAAAGACACUGUAAAAGCCACAAGAUCGACGUCAACCAUUGCGAAGGCGGUCGCAGAUGUCAGCACUAUCACUUCAGAUUGGUGGAGCCCGAUGUUUGAGAGAAAACCGAUGCGGAGAAAAAGGGACCUUGUACUAAUCGAAAAUGACUGGCAUGAAAAUAAAUAUAAAGAUCCCAACGCGAAAUGGGAUCCAUUGAUAUAUCGUGACGGACAUCACGAUUUAGGUGCCGUUCUUUCAGCGUCUAACUAUUUAUUACAGUCGGAGGAGUACUACAACAAGAAAAAUCCCGUAAGCGAAAAGCCAAGUUUCAAAAUGUAUCGCCAGUCGAGAAAAGGUCCUAAGGCAAGGAGACUGAAGGAGUGCCACCCGGUUCGUAAAAAAAUGCAUAGCAGCUCUGAUGUGAAAAUCACACCAAAAUGGCGGCCAAUCGUCUCCGAGGAACAAGCUCACGCCCUGAUGCAUUACAAAAGCAUGAGGAACCCCAUGGAGAAAAAAAAGAAUCACAGAAAAGUGAAACAAGAAAAGGAUAAUGAACAGUACCCGUCUUUGCAAACAAACUUGAAUAUAUGGUCACCCAGUGUUUUUUCGAGCAGCUAAUGAUUUAUUUGUGAAAUGUGGAAGUUUUGUGUCAUUGAAUAAAGUAUCUAGUAAAAA